AUGGCAGCAGGCAACCACACGGCUGUAGCAGAGUUUGUCUUGGAGGGCUUCUCCGAAGACCUCUGGCUCUGGGGCCUGCUCAUUGCCCUUUUCCUCCUCCUUUACCUGACAGCCCUUGCAGGAAAGAGCCUCAUUGUCACAGCCAUCAGCCUGAGCCCAGGCCUGCACGCCCCCAUGUACUUCUUCCUCGCCAAGUUGGCCAUUUUGGACAUUGUCUGCACGUCCAUGAUUCUCCCAAAGCUGCUGGAGAGCCUGGUGGUCUGGGUGGACAUCAUCUCCUGUGGGGGCUGCCUGGCCCAGCUCUUCUUCCUGACCUGGUUCCUGGGGGCCGAGUUGCUGCUGCUCACAGCCAUGGCUUUCGACAGCUAUGUGGCCAUCUGCUGGCCACUGUGCUACAGUACCAUCAUGAGCCGGCCGCUGUGCGCACUACUGGCCUCAGCUGUUUGGACAGUCAGUGUGAUCAACGCAUCCGUGCACAUGGGCCUCAUGGCACAGCUGACCUUCUGUGGCCCCAACCAUAUUUGGGACUUCCUGUGUGAGAUCCCCAUGCUGUUGCUGCUAUCCUGUAGCCCUGCCGCCCUCAACAAAGUCACGAUCAUCAUUGCUGCUGUCUGCUUUGGCAUGGUUAACUUCCUGCUCACGUUGGCCUCCUACAGUUGCAUCGUGGCUAGCGUCCUUCACAAACGCUCAGCUGAGGGCAAGCGCCGUGCCUUCUCUACCUGCUCGUCUAACCUCCUGGUGGUCACUUUGUACUACUCCACCAUCACCUAUACCUACAUACUCCCGGGAUCCGGCACCUCCAUGGAGAAGAGCAAGGUGGUUGCUGUGCUGUACACAGUGGUCAGCCCUGCCCUGAACCUGCUCAUCUACACGCUGAGGAACAAGGAUGUGAAAGCCGACUUCCGAAAGUUGGCCCCUUCCUCCUGGUAA